AUGCGGCUGUACAACGCGCUCAUGGGCUUCCUGGCGAGGGAGCACCAGGCGCACGCCGCCACGCUGCUCUUCCAGGACAUGCUGCUGUCGUGCGCGCGCUCUAACCACUUCACCUACACCGCACUCAUCAACGCGUACAGCCGCGCCGGGUGGUUUGAGGGCGCGCUUGCUGUCUUCCACCACAUGAAGACGUGCGACGACAAUGACUGCAGGCCUAACACAGUGACGUGCAACGCGCUGAUUGGUGCGCUGUGCAAGGGGGGCAUGCCCAACAUAGUGACGUACAACACGCUCAUCGACCCCUUGUGCCGGGAAGGCCAGCUCAAUGCCGCUUUGCAGGUGGGUGUGCUAUGCUCUACAUCUCCCAACUUCACUACCCCCCAUCCUCCAUACCCCACCCCACUCGCCCACCAGGUGUUGGACGACCUGUCAUCGGGCGUGUUGGACGAGCAGGUGGAGCCCAACAUAGUGACGUGCAACACCAUCAUCAACGCAUGUGGCAAGGCGGGCCGCGCCCCCGACGCCGAGGCCACGCUGCAGGCAAUGGAGUGCACCGCCAUGGCGGCGGACGGCAUCGCGUUCACCGCACUCGUGGACGCGUACGGCCGCACAGGCGACGUGGAGCGCGCUAAGGAGGCAUUUCAGCGUAUGCUGCAGGCAGGCAUCCCCCCUGACGUGUUCUCCUACACGGCCCUCAUGGCUGCCUUUGGCCGCGCUGGCCUGUCGGACCGCGUCACCGAGACGCUGGCUGCCAUGCAGCGCGCGGGCGUGCUGCCCAACGAGGUGACGUUCCUCACCGUGCUGGACGCCCAUGGCAAGGCGGGUAACUACGAGGAGGCUGACGCCACGCUCGUCGCCAUGGUUACGUGCGGUUACCGCCCGCCGGUGUACAGCUGGAGCUGCUUGAUUGACGCGUUUGGGAAGGCGGGGCUUUAUGGCAAGGCAGCAGGGGCGUUUGAGCGCAUGCAGGCCGAGGGCUGCCGCCCGAAUCUGAUCACGUACGCAGCGAUUUUGUCUGCUUGUGCGCGGUGUGAGAAGUGGGAGGACUCGCUGGAGCUGCUGUACCGCCUGCAGAGGACUGGCGGCGAAUGGGAGGUCGCCAUGUGUCGGCUCGUGAUGGCAGGCCCAGAGGAGGAAGGAGAGGAGUGUGCGAGUGAGGAGGAGGUGGUGGAGGGGCUGGUGAGAAGAGGGGCGCGGGGAGGGGCGGGCAGGAGGGGCGAGAGGGGGGACGAGGGGCUGUGGGAGUCAGCAGGGCGGAUGUUUGGUGCGUUCCAGGCGCUGCCGUUGGCCAUGCGGCGCUCCUUCUACAACGCGCUGGCCGACGUGCUCUGGAGCUUUGGCAUGCGGCGCCGCGCUGCCCGCGUGGUGGCGUUGGCCCGUGGGCUGGGCGUGUAUGGCGGUGCGGACGACCUGCACAAGGAGGCGCGCGGUGCACGCAGGGGUGGCGUGGGGCACAGGGAGAGCUGCAGUGGCAGUGAGAGUGAGAGUGGCAGUGGUACUGGGAGUGGCAAGCAGAGAGGUAGUGGGGGCAGCAGGGGCGGCGGCAUGUGGAGGGAGGAGGGCAUCUGGAAUGUGGACCUGCACGAGCACUCCAUUGGCUCCGCUGCGCCUUCCUCUUCCUCUGGCUGCGCGACCUGCGCACCGCCUGGCAGGUGCGCUGCUCACAAGGGGUGGCACAAUGAGAUACCGGAGGCCAUCGAUACAGUCACGGGGUGCGGGAGUCACAGCAAGCGCAAGGACGCCACGUCAGACAGGCUAGCACAGGUGGCGCCCCUCAAGGCAGCGGUCCUGAGGGAGCUGCACCUCAUGCACUCGCCCUUCCAGGAACUUUCUGUCAAUGCGGGGCGGCUGGUGGCGGGCGGGUGGGCGGCGUACUCGUGGCUGUUGCAGGAGGAGAUGGGGGAGCGGCUGCAGCUCAGGGAUGCGCCCCAGCCCGUGCCUCCUGGGGACAAGCCCUACGAACCACUGUAA